GCUAAGAUAACACUUGCAAUAACUAAAUUCUAACAUACCAUAACUUUUGUUAUUUCCAAUGUCUAGAACCAUAUUUGAUAGAGAUGAAUCUAUUGAAGAAGAUAACCAACUUAGCCAAGAAGUCAAGGAAAUGCUUAUUUCCCUUCCAAGACAGAAAGGUUGGAAUACACCUUAUACUUAUCUAUUCCAUGGAUUUUGGUUUAAUCCAAAAGAAAUCCAAGUCUUAAGAACUUUCCAAAAUCACUUCCAAGCUAAAGAUAGUGAUGUGUUUGUUGCAACUGUUCCAAAAUCAGGCACAACUUGGUUGAAAGCUCUUACUUUUGCCAUUAUGAAUCGCCAACACCAUUUCAUUUCCUCCAAAAACCAUCCUUUGCUUAGUUUCAAUCCACAUGAUCUUGUUCCAUUCGUUGAAUCCAAUCUUUAUGAUCAACAUGACAAAAUUCCUGAUUUUUCCAAUUUUCAUGAGCCAAGACUUUUUGGUACACAUAUUCCUUUUGAUUUAUUGUCAAAUUCAAUUAAAGAUUCCAAUUGCAAGAUAGUUUAUAUUUGUAGGAACCCUUUUGACACUUUCAUCUCUAGUUGGAAUUUUAUCAACAAAGUUGAACCACCUCCAACGCCUCCAUUGAAUUUAGAGGAAGCUUUUGAAAUGUAUUGUAAUGGGUCAUUUGGGCGUGGUCCAUUUUGGAAGCACAUGUUGAGUUAUUGGAAUGAGAGCAAAGAGAGACCAAAAAAUGUUCUUUUUUUGAAGUAUGAGGAUAUGAAAGAAGAUGCCAAGUUUUACUUGAAAAAAUUGGCUGAGUUUUUGGAAUGCCCUUUUACUUUGGAGGAAGAAAAUGAGGGUGUGAUUGAAAAUAUCAUAAAGUUAUGUAGUUUUGAGAAAAUGAAGGAGUUGGAGAUAAAUAAGAUAGGAACAUUUCAAGGAUUUGGAAUGAAAGUUGAUAAUAAGCUCUAUUUUAGAAAAGGUGAAAUUGGUGAUUGGAUUAAUUACCUUUCACCUUCAAUGGUUGAAAAAUUAUCCAAAAUUAUCGAAGAGAAAUUAGGUGGUUCUGGUCUUAACUUUAGAGUUAAAUAAUGUUGCUAUAGGAAGUCUUUAAUUAAUAAAGUUGUCAAUCAUUAGAAGCUACAAUGAUGUUUGUUAUGUGUAACACAAUGCUUUUAGCUAUUCAUAUGCAACAACCAUGCAUGAAUAUCAUAAUUUGUGAUGCAAAUGCUUUUAAUGUAUUUCCUUUUCAUAAUAAAUAAUAAAAGAGUCUUAGUUGCACUCAA